AUGAAGCACAAGAGCGAGGUGGCCGCGAGGCUUAGCGAGUUCAAGGCUUUCUAUGAGAAUCAAUGGGGCAAGCACUUGAAGUGUAUACGGUUGGAUAACGGGACGGAGUUUGUCAACAAGAAGAUUGCCCAUAUAUGCGCCCGUAAUGGUAUCAUGCACCAGCGGACAGUACCAUAUAGUCCGCAACAGAACGGCGUUGCGGAACGCAUGAAUCGCACUAUCAUGGAGAAGGCAAGGAGCAUGCUGUACUACAAGGGUAUCGACAUGCAGUGGUGGGCAGAGGCGGUCAGUACGGCUGUGUACUUGAUCAACAGAUCCACAAACUCUGCAAAUUCGGACGUAACACCGUUCGAGGUUGGUUUCAAGAUGAAGCCGAGUAUUGAGCAUUUGCGUGUGUUUGGAUCGCAAGGGUAUGCUCACAUUGACGACGCCAAGAGGACGAAGCUCGAACCAAAGAGUUACCGGUGUAUGUUCCUCGGAUAUGCGGAGAACACCAAGGGAUACAGGGUGUUCAAUCUGGAAAGGUCGAAGGUUGUCAUAUCGCGCUCCGUAAAGCUGGACGAGCGGGAAGUUGAAGGCAUAUACGACACGGUGGUACCAGAUAAAGUACCAGUCGUCAAGUAUAUUAGGGACACUGAUGAAGCAGUGAUUCCGGUGGUUUGUCCGUAUGAUGGAGACGAGACGAUGAAAGAUGUCGAAGAAAGCGCUCCUGAUGUCGAGAUGGACGAGACAGAAUCGGCUCCAUUCGAAACAGGUAUCAUCAUACCUCAAGUACUCGAUCCAGAAACUCAAGAACCAAGAGGCGAUGAGAUAACGGGAUAUCAAGCUCCGAGACAAGCUUUUCAGGAGGACAGGUUGGUAUUUCAGCCGGAGAUAAAUCGGACAAGACGCUCACGAGACAGAAUGCUGCUGCUUGAGAAUGGGAAUAGCAGUGAAGACACGUCAGAAGGUAGCGAUGGACCACCUUCUCCAAAGCGUGCAAGAAUUGAUGACGAAGGUCUCAUUGCAGAGGCUGUAUUAGCCUAUGCUGCAAGCGUUGGCGAGGCGGACGACGCUCCAUCAACAUACAGCCAAGCGUUAAAAGGCGAAGACAACAGCAAGUGGAUUCAAGCGAUGCAAGCGGAGCUCAAGGCGCACGCCGAUAACGGGUCCUGGACACUGGUACCAAAACGGCAAGACAUUCGACCAAUCGGGUGCAGAUGGAUAUUCGCUAAGAAGCGAAACGAACACGGACAAGUGGUGCGCUACAAAGCUCGACUCGUCGCAAAGGGGUUCAAGCAGAAAUUCGGUGUCGACUUCUUCGAGACUGAUCUCAAGGAAGAGGUGUACAUGGAAGUGCCAAAUGGCAUAGAUAAUGCGGAGAAGAUGAUGUGCAAGUUGGACAAGGCAAUCUACGGUCUCAAGCAGGCUGCAAGUGCGUGGAACAAGACAAUCCAUGCUGUUUUCUUACAGAUCGGAUUUCGUAGCAGCGGAGCAGAUCAGUGUAUCUACGUCAAGCAUCAAGAUGACAACUAUGUCUAUGUUUGUCUCUACGUCGACGACAUGAUCAUCGCCGCCAAGACCAGCAGGGAGAUUCAAGAGGUCAAGACAGCACUCAAGAGCUCAUUUCGUAUGAAGGGGCUAGGCAAGGCUAAAUUUAUUCUUGGCGUGGAGAUUGAUCAUGACCACAACUGCAGUAAGCUGAUGAUUCGACAGACUCGAUACAUCGAUGAUGUGGCCAGCCGUUUUAAUCAAGAGGACGCAAAGACAGUGGUCAACCCAUGCGAGUCCGGCCUGAAGCUGUCAAAGAAGCAAUCCCCAACGACGGAUGUCGAUAGAGCAGAAAUGCAGUCAAAGCCGUACAGGUCACUGAUCGGAUGUUUGCUAUACAUCACGACAUGUACGCGCCCAGAUGUGAUGUAUGUCAUCACGCAGUUAUCAAGGUUUUUGGAGAAUCCAGGUCAGCAACAUUGGAAGGCAGCCAUUCGUGUUCUUCGGUAUCUCAAGACGACAAGAGACUACGGGAUAAUCUACGACGGCAGCGCUAGCGAAGUAACAGCUACAGCGUAUACGGACGCGGACUGGGGUAGCAACAUCGAUGAUCGACGCUCCGUGUCAGGGAUAAUGGUGAUCAUCGGUGGCGCACCAGCCAUAUGCAAGUCCAAGUAUCAACGCACGGUGGCUCUAAGCUCUGCUGAGGCAGAGUACAUGGCUUUAAGCCUGUGUACACAGGAAGUGUUAUGGGUUCGUGCGCUGCUUAAGGAUCUAGGUCACGAGCAAGUGGGAGCAACGUGGGUCUGGGAAGACAAUCAAGGAGCAAUUGGGCUUGCCAGCAAUGCCGGCUACAAUGCCAGAACCAAGCACGUUGACAUUCGUCACCACUUCAUCCGGGAGAAUGUGGCCCACGAUACCAUCGUGGUCAAGUACAUCUCCACCAUGGACAAAUUGGCCGACAUGCUAACGAAGGCUCUGGGGACCAAGCGACUGAACUAUUUGAUACAAGCAAGCUGCAUUGGACCCAAGGGCAUUUAG